AUGGAAGCGACCAAGGCAAAAGUACUCGUCUACGGAUCCAUCAACAUCGAUGAUUUCUAUGUCGUCCCUCACAUCGUCCGAUCUGGAGAGACCAUCUCGUCCACUUCUUACACCGUUAGCGCCGGAGGAAAGGGCGCAAAUCAGUCUGUGGCUCUGGGAAGAGCGGGCGCAAACGUGUUUCACGCAGGAAAGAUCGGUAAGGACGGAGAAUGGGUCCGCAAGAUCAUGGAGGACGCUGGCGUCGAUACCACCUACAUCCAGGUCGCCGAGAAAGAGGCGACAGGAAGGGCAAUCAUCCAAUUGAGCGAAGAAUCCCACGAUAACUCCAUCGUUCUCUUCCCGGGAACAAACCACACCGUCGUCAUCGAAGAAGCCCGCCAAGUCCUGUCCAACUUUGGCAAAGGCGACUGGAUCGUAAUUCAGAACGAAAUCAGUAGCGGUGGUGAGAUCAUGCGCGCCGCCAAGGAGCGUGGGAUGACCAUCUGUUUCAACCCUUCACCUAUGACACCCGACCUCCCAAAACAGUACCCCCUCCACUUGGUCGAUUACCUCCUCAUCAACGAGAUCGAAGCCCAAGGCCUCUACUCCUACUUGACCUCUCCCAAAUCCGACGCCGACUCUGUUACAUCCUCGUCGCAUAUCACGGCUUCUGAAAGCUUCCCGGUGUUGGAAAAGGCGUAUGAGAAGAUCAGCGGGAUUAUUAUUACGCUUGGGGGGGAUGGGCUGGUGGCACGGUUUAGGAUUAAUGAGGAGGAUGAGAAGAUGAAGGAGUUCCGGAUGGGGAUCGUCAAGGGCAACGUUGUUAAUACUACUGGUGCGGGAGACACGUUUUCGGGCUACUUUGUCGCAAACCUGGUGCGCAACCAAGAGUUGAACAAACGUUUCAACCCCGAGCAGCUCCAGGCUGCAUUGUUGGAGGCCAGCCAUGCGGCUUCCUUGGCUGUUGGCAAGGAGGGGGCUAUGGAUUCGAUCCCUAUCAAGAAUAAUGUUGAUAUUGCCAUUAGGACGAAGCAGAACGUCGAUUAG